AUGGCGGCCACGAUUUUGUCAAAGGAAAAGUCUGAGAAUUUGAGGGAGAAUCCGCAAGAAUCUCCAGAGCCAUGCAAAUAAUUGGUGGCCGAGAACAGAUUCUUUCCCAAGAUCUUUGAUUAGUUAUUGGGUCCAUCCGCUCGAAUACUCCUCAUCUCGCCUCUCGUUUGGAUGCUGCUGCUCGCGGGGGAAAGACGCAGUUUCUCUUUCCAUUUCCCAUGUGACGAGCUCGUCUCGUUGCUGACGAGGUUUGCAGUCAUUUGUUUUGGGAUGGAAUCCUGAAUGAAGAAUUAUCAUGGUACAACCAUGCUUACUGUAACGGGCGGUGUUAGCAAUUAUCAGGCACUUCCAAAGAAUCCGGUUCUGCACGAGACUGUUUCAUGCAGAGCUAACCAUGUGAUUUGCUCCAAUAAAACUGCAGUUUUCGUUCCUGUGAGAAGUUCUAGUAAUGUUUUGAAUUCUUCCUUUUCCGACAAAGGAUGCACUCAACUUCAGACUUUUCACCAUGUGGCUUCGAAGAGAUGGCUAUGCCGACUGGGUGACUCCAGUUCGUUUGAUGAUGAAUAUCGUUCAUCCCGAAACAUAGCUAUCAGUCUCUUUAGGAGGUACAGGAAUGCUGUUGAUCGUGGAGGAGGUCACAACUUAAAAGAGUUCAUCAAUGCUGGGGUAAAUGCAUAUGCACUCGGCUGCACCGAAGAAGGAUUGAGGGAUGAACUUACCGAUAUGAAGGAAUCCGGUGUCGAGAUUGAAGCAAUGCAAGCUUAUGGUGGAAACACCACUUUAAAAUCUAAAAUCAUAUCUGAGGAGAUUGAUGAGUGUAUACUGUGGUUGAGCAUCAUAUUCAUUACCAUCUUGUGCACGCCACAGCCAACAGUUGUCAGAUGGUCAUCUACCCCGCCAGUGUCGGAAGAAAUACUACUCCAAUGGAAAGGAUUCUGUGCUCUCAUAGCAAAUGCGUAUUAUAUAAGGGGAAUGGCAUGGCUUCCAGUGAAAACUCUUCAACUGGAGCAGAUGGCUGUGAUGGGCCGUUCAGAAGAGCCGUCGGUAGUGGCUAGCCGAAUGCGUCUAGUGUUUAGUACGCUAGAGGUAGUGAGUCCACAGUGGCCAAGAGUCUAAGUGCUCCUUACUGAGGUGCAAGCACAUCAUCCCUUGUAAGAACUGUGUAGAUUAGAAGUUCCAUAAUGUUCAGUGACCCAGAAAUUUUCACUAGUCUUAGUACAUAGUAAUGUGUGUAAUAAUUAUGUAAAUCUGUGAAUAUGUUUGCUCAAACAUUCGGUCUA